AUGGCAGACAAGUUUGCCAGUGGCUCGAGAUCUCACCAUGAACCAAUCGCUGACUUAUGCACGACACACCGCGGGGCAGCGCAGCGAUUUCAGUUUUCAACGCGAAACUCUGUCAUCUUUGGCGAUUAUUCACCCCAGGUCCUUCAACCUCGUCCUUUCUUGGGACACAAAUUGUGGCACAAGAUGCAACGUGUUGAGUGGCUAUCCGUUCGCGAUCGGGCAAUAUCACGGAACGGUUCGUUACCAGGAAGAACUAUCGGAAAGUUUGGCAACUGGAAGACCGCCUUUUAUGGCUGGCGAUUCGCUUUCGGGUCCUGGCUCAAUAUAUUUCUAGUUCUGAUACCCGUCUCGUGGGCAACGACUUUCACCAUGCGAGAAUCUCAUGGUCUGACCUUUGCGUUGUGCAUUCUGGUAUUGAUGCCGUUAGUAAGGCUCCACGACAUAUCAACUCGAGAGCUCGCCAACAGAAUCGGAGGAUCGAAGACGGGCCUCUUGAAUGGCAGCAUGAGUAAUUUCGUGGAAAUCGUGGUUGCGGUCAGUGCCCUACGCAAGUGUGAACUGCGAGUGGUGCAGUCGAUGCUUAUCGGGUCGAUGUUGAGCAAAAUAUUGCUUGUUCUUGGACUUUGCUUCUUUGCAGGCGGGAUGAACUUCUCUGAGCAGGAAUUUGACCCCAUAGCUGCUACACAGAUACACUCGUCGCUCCUGAGUCUCAGUGUUGGAGCGGUCGUCCUUCCGGCCGCAUACCACUUUACUCUGAGCAACCAAAACGACGCUACCUUUGAUGCCCAGAAGCAGAACAUCCUCCACAUGAGCCACGGGUUGUUGACAACGAUCCAGGUUUCCAUCGUCCUACUAUUCAUUUAUCUUGCGUAUUUACUGUUCCAACUAUGGUCGCAUACAUAUUUGUACAAGGAUCAACACAACAAGAAGAGCCACCGGCUGUCCGCUAUUAUCAAGGAGAAGCGUAUCCGUCGCAAGGCCAAGAAUCGGGCAAUCCCUCUCACCCAGACGGGAGGAAAGGUAACUGCUGACCAUGCGGGCCAUGAUAACCACGUUCUUGAUCCUCCAAACCCGCCCUAUAUCCUUCCGCCGUUGUCUUCUACAUCAACUGCCACUCUAGGGUCCGAACCUUCAUCCGACAAGCUCGAUUUUCCAUCUGGUCCAUCGACAGUUCGACUUGUUAGCGACGGAGGAGUGCCAAUGAAUCGAGAAUCAACCUUUUCCUCGACAUCAACCAGUAUUCCUUUCGGACUACAUGGGACGGACGCAGAGAGCACUCGUCACGAUGUCGUGGUCAACGCCAAAAAGGAGCCUAAAAUGAGCUGGUUUUUGACUUUAACGCUGCUUAUACUCGUAACUGGAACUGUUGCAGUAACUGUUGACUGGCUGGUGGAGGCCAUGGACGGAAUAUCAACGACCAUAAGCAAAGAAUGGGUUGGAUUGAUUUUGCUUCCGGCUGUCAGCUCUGUCGCGGAAUGCAUCACGGCGGUCCGAGUCUCUGUCAAAGACGAAUUGUCUCUUAGCGUUAGUGUUGCGGUUGGAUCCACGAUUCAAACGGCCUUGUUUGUCAUCCCCUUUACUGUCGUUCUUGGCUGGAUUACCGAGAAGCCUUUGUCGCUAUUAAUGGAUCCCUUCCAAUCCAUGGUCCUUUACAUUGCCGUGCACACUAUGAACUACGUCGUUGCGGAUGGCAAGUCGAACUGGCUGGAAGGCGUUAUUUUGAUAUGCCUCUACAUUAUUAUUGCAGUAUCAUUUUGGUUUUAUCCAGGCUCGAACAUCUCCAACUCCUUGGCCGUCUGCACGCCUUCGCUAUAG